AUGACCAAAGGAGGAAUGGAGUCAGUGGAAUUGUUCACAACUGAAGGCAAAGGCAGGGGUUUGAAAGCCCAGAAGGAAUUCUUGCCUGGGGAUGUCAUCUUUGCAGAGCCAGCCUACGCAGCCGUGGUGUUUGACAGCCUGACACACGUCAUCUGUCACACCUGCUUCAAGAGGCAGGAGAGGCUGCACCGCUGCGGGCAGUGCAAGUUUGCCCAUUACUGCGACAGGACCUGCCAGAGAGCAGCCUGGCUCAACCACAAAAACGAGUGCUCUGCCAUCAAGAGGCAUGGCAAGGCACCCACCGAAAACAUCAGGCUGGCUGCCCGCAUCCUGUGGAAGAUGGAGCGGGAGGGCACCGGGCUGUCCGAGGGCUGCCUGGUGGCCAUCGAGGAGCUGCAGAACCACGUGGACAGCUUUGGGGAGGAGGAGAAGAAGGAGCUGCGUGCUGAUGUGGAGAGUUUCCUGGAGUUCUGGCCGCCCCACUGCCAGCAGUUCGGGAUGCAGCUCAUCUCCCACAUCUUCGGGGUGAUCAGCUGCAAUGGCUUUACCCUCAGUGACCAAAGAGGACUGCAGGCUGUUGGUGUGGGAAUCUUCCCCAACCUCUGCCAGGCCAACCACGACUGCUGGCCCAACUGCACUGUCGUCUUCAACAAUGGCAAUCAUGAGGCUGUAAGAUCAAUGUUCCACACACAGAUGAGGAUCGAGCUGAGGGCCCUGAGCAAGAUUUCCCCGGGGGAUGAGUUGACAGUUUCCUACGUGGAUUUCCUCAGCCUGAGCGAGGAGCGGCGGACGCAGCUGAAGAAGCAAUAUUACUUCGACUGCACCUGUGAGCACUGCAAGAAACAGCUCAAGGAUGACCUGAUGCUGGCAGUGAAGGCAGGGGAAAGCAAGCCCUCUGCAGACACGGUGAAGGAGGUGAUCCAGCUCUCCAAGGACACGCUGGAGAAGAUCAACAAGGCCCGCAUGGAGGGACAUUACCAUGAGGUUGUGAAGCUGUGCCGUGACUGCCUGAAGAAACAGGAGCCUGUGCUGGGGGACACCAACAUUUACCUGCUGAGGAUCCUCAGCAUUGCCUCCGAGGUGCUCUCCUACCUGCAGAUGUUUGAGGAAGCAGCUGACUAUGCCAAGAGGAUGGUGGAUGGCUACCUGAAAAUUUACCAUCCCAACAACGCUCAGCUGGGGAUGGCCGUGAUGCGGGCGGGAGUGACCCACUGGCACGCUGGCCUCAUUGAAGCUGGCCAUGGCUUGAUCUGCAAAGCCUAUGCCAUUCUCCUGAUAACCCAUGGACCUUCCCACCCAAUUACCAAAGACCUGGAGGUCAUGCGCGUGCAGACGGAGAUGGAGCUGCGCAUGUUCCAGCAGAACGAGUUCAUGUAUUACAAGAUGAGGGAAGCUGCCCUCAAGAACCAGAAGAUCCAAGUCAUGCCUGAGCCCAGCAAUGAGAAUGCACCAAGCCUUUUCCACAAAAAGGAAUAA